AUGGCAUCAAAAGCAAAGAAAACUGUGAGAUAUGCGGUAGAAGACUUGAAAAAGGCUUUAGACGCUAUAGAUGGAGGCAUGCCAAUACUGAAAGCGAGCAAAAUUUUCAAAAUUCCAAGAACAACCCUUACUUAUAAACAUAAAGGAAUAUACCUUAAAGAAUUAAAGAAAGUUAUAGUUAGAAGAGGAGAAUCCACAGUAUAUAACUUUAUUAAUAACGACGAAAAGGAGUGCCUGACGACACUUAUAACUGCCAAUGCAGCUGGUCAGCUUGCACCACCAAUGGUCAUAUUUUGCUAUGUAAGAAUCCCCUCUCACAUAAUAAGUUCGAUGCCUAAUGAGUGGGGCGUGGGAAGAAGUUCUAGUGGCUGGAUGACUGGACAAAGUUUUUAUGAAUAUAUUACAAAUGUGUUCUAUAAAUGGCUAUUAAAGAAAGAUAUUCCUUUGCCAGUCAUUUUAUUUGUGGAUGGUCAUGUUAGUCACCUUACUUUAUCCCUAAGUGAGUUUUGUACAGAGAAAGGAAUAAUAAUUAUUGCCCUUUACCCGAAUGCAACACACAUCUUACAACCAAUGGAUGUAUCAGUGUUUCAUCCAUUGAAAAAUGGUUGGAAAGAUUCUGUACAGAAAUGGAAAUUUGAGCACAAUGGGCAAACAAUUCGAAGAGAAAACUUUGCUCCAUUACUACAAGAAGUACUCUUAAAAUAUAAUUUGUUGAUCGAUCAUUUUACAAGGUAUGCGUUUAUAUCAACGUCUAAAACACAAGGCGCGAAAGAUUUUAUUAAACUAAUAAAAACAAUAAAAAAGGACAAUAACAUAAAAACUUUAUUCACAGACCAAUAUGCAGGUAUAAAUUCGAAAGAAUUUAAACAAUAUUUGAGGUCCCAAAAGAUAAACUUAAUCUUCACAGCAGUGGAUUGUGCUUUUUCUAACGGUUUAAAUGAGAGAACGAAUCAAACACUAAUCAACAGGAUAAGAUGUAAAAUAUUUGAGAACAAAAAUCGCCCAUGGCCCAUUAUAGCACAAGAAUGUGUCAAAGAAUAUAACAAUACAAUUCAUAGUUCAACAGGUUUCACACCCAAUUAUUUGCUCACUGGAAAAGACAAAUCAACUCUACUAAGCGAACUAAACCCUAGUAAUGAACGUAACUUGAAAGAAGAUAGAUUAAUAGCAUUCCAAAAUUCAAUGAAAGCUCACAGACAAAAUAAAAAUUAUUAUGAUAAGAAUACAAAUUAUAUAGAUUACAAAGUUGGAGACCUAGUAUAUAUAGUAAAUGGUAAUAAAUUGAACAGAAACAAAUUAGACCCAAUUAGAACAGGUCCAUAUAAAAUAAAAAAUAAAGUAUCUAAUGUGAUAUAUAUAGUUGAUAGAGGUUUCAGAAAGAAUGAAUCAAACCUUUUUCACACCAGUAAAUUGAUCCCUUAUCACCCAUUUCCUAAGCCGUCCACUCAACUUGAAGGGGGGGAUGUAAGUUUGACGUUACCCCAAACUUAGUGUGCCCGCCAAUGCCACGUGACAGGCGGAGUGGGGGCGACUACGCAGUGCCCAAGAAAACAACAAAACCGAGUCAGUGUAACGAAAGACUAAGAACGAAUGUAAACACCGACAAUUUGUACGGUUUUAGUUUUUAACUGCAACCACGGAUUGUUGUGUUUAUUUAUCCUGGCAUAAAGUCCACCCAAGAAAGGCUUACAUAUAUACAUUAGACAAUACAUUAAACAAUAGCUUUGAAAAUAGUAAUAAUGAGAGAGAUUAUUUUCAUAUCAGGGAAGAUGAAAUAAGGGCCCAUAAUACAACACCUACACCCACAUCAUCAUCAAAACUACAAGAAGUACAGUCUGCAACAAUAAAUCAAACUAAUGUACCAAACAAUGUGCCAAGCCCUUUUAAAAAUUGUUUAUUUUGGCCGGUAUCAUCUACCGAAAAGAAAAGAAAGAGAUCGAAGGAAAAAAUUCCGUUGGUCGUAACAUCGGAAGAAUGGGAAGAUUAUUAUUAUAAAAAAAAUGCCGAAAAAGAAAGAAAAGAAAAGGAAAAGGAAGAAAGAAAAAGAAAAAGAGAAAUGAAGGCAGCAGAAAAACCGAAUAAGAAAAAGAAAACUGCAAAGAAAUACAAACGACUUGUUAUAGUAAGUGAUACUUCUACAUCAUCUGAGUUUAUUUAAUUUGUUUAUUUAAUUUUCUUAACAUUAACAAAAUUUAAAUAGCUUUUGGUUACGU